AUGCCAGCCGGGAAUCACAGCGGCUUUGACCCCGUCACGUUUGUCCUGACGGGCAUCCCGGGCAUGGAGGAGUCCCACGUCUGGAUCUCCGUUCCCUUCUGCCUGAUGUACGUGGUUGCGCUCCUUGGGAACUCCCUCCUGCUGCUGCUCAUCGCCACCGACCGCAGCCUCCGCCAGCCCAUGUGCCUCCUGCUGGCUAUGCUGGCCGUGGCGGACCUCCUGCUGUCCACGGCCACAGUGCCCGAGAUGCUGGCCAUCUUCUGGUUCGGCUCCCGGAAGGUCUCCUUCGAUGCCUGCGUGGCCCAGAUGUUCUUCACCCACUGCAGCUUCAUUGCGGAGUCAUCGAUCCUGCUGGCCAUGGCGUUUGACCGCUACAUGGCCAUCUGCGACCCCCUGCGCUACCUGGCCACCCUCACGCCGUCGGCCAUCGGGAAGGUCGCCGCAGCCGCUGUCACGCGGGGGCUGUGCAUCAUGCUCCCCCCCGUCUUCCUGCUCAAGAGGCUGCCCUUCUGUGGCCGCAGCACUAUGCGCCACACCUACUGCGAGCACAUGGGCAUCGCCCGGCUGGCCUGUGCGGACAUCUCCGUGAACGUCUGGUACGGGUUCACGACCACGCUCCUGUCCUCGGGGGUGGACGUGGUGCUGAUCGCCGCGUCGUACGUCCUGAUCCUGCGGGCCGUCUUCCAGCUGCCUGCCCGGGAAGCGCGGCUGAAGGCUCUGCGCACCUGUGGCUCCCACGUCUGCGUCAUCUUGAUGUUCUACCUGCCGGCCUUCUUCUCCUUCCUCACCCACCGCUUCGGCCACAGCAUCCCCAGCUGCAUCCACAUCUUGCUGGCCAACCUGUACGUCGUCGUCCCGCCCAUGCUGAACCCCAUUGUCUACGGGGUGAGGACCAAGCAGAUCCGGCAGCGCAUCCUGCACGUCUUCUCGCCGUCGAGGCGAACAUGCUGCUGA